ACAAACAGCCCACAGCUCCCAAAACCCGAAGAGGGAGACCCCACCGAAGAGAUGUGUGUGUGAACUGUGUGAAUCUGUACUGCGCGGACUGUUGCUUCACUUCCCUGCCUCCUUUCUCUGGGAAGCGAAGGGGACUCGUGGAAUAAGCGUGUGUCUCGGAGCGAGGCGCUUGUCGUGGGAUCGUAUCAAAGAGGGCAGUUUCGCAUCCGCCUUUGCGCUGGGGCAGAGAUAAACAUAUUCUUAGAACACCCCGUGCCCUUUUCUCGCUGGGUGCAAUCAAACUUGGUUCUAAGAGUCCAGCUGCUUUUGCUACACCGCUCUGCCCGUAAACGACAUUUUUAGGAUAAAACACCUUUCUUCAGGAGCUCUCCAUUACACGCUGCACCCAAAAGGGCGAGAGAGCGGCACCUGCCCCCGCGCGACCCCCGAGCCACAGCACGGCUGCCCACGCGAGGGCUCCGCUCGGCGCCGCACCAUCACGCUGUUAUGGAGCUGCUUUGAAGAAAAAAAGAAACUUUUCGGGGGAAAACCUGAGAGCUAUUCGUGGACAGCGAGGAUUUCCUGAGCGCAGCCUUCCGAGCGCUCUACGUUGAAGGAAAACAACGGUGCGUUUUAAUCUCACCUUUUGGAUUAAGAACAAAACAAAAACCUCAGAUCUUGUCACUGGCAUUCAGCCGCUGUGCGCAUCAUAUUGCGGAGCAUCUGAGGCAAGGCGCUGAGGGAAUCCUUGGACGACAGCGGCGCUCAGCCCGGCGGGAGGAUGAACCGGGAGGUCUGCGCUGCGCUGACCUUCGCCCUGCUGCUGGGCUUCACGUGCGUGAGCGGGCUGGUGGACUUUCCCAGACUGCCCGCAACCCAGUUGUUCCCAGCAGGAGAGGAGCACAUUCGCGAAGCUGGGGACUCCCUAACACUGACCUGCAGGGGCCAGGCUCGGCUCUCCUGGACGCUCCCCGCCCUGAGGGAUGUGGGCACUGGGAGGGCUGAGGUCAAGGAAGAGCCGUGCGAGAGUGCGGGACACACCCACUGCAGCCAACUGACACUGCACAGCCUGAAGCACAACGACACUGGACUGUACUCCUGUCACUACUCAGGCACAGCCCUGGGAGGAGUCAGCAGCACAUACCUCUUUGUGAAAGAUGGCCAAAACCCAUUUGUCGAGUCAACACAUGAUACUAAACUAGUGAUGUUUGAAGACGAGCUGGUCGUCCCAUGCAGAGUCACAUCGCCAGACUACACAGUCACCCUGGAACGGUUCCUGCCAUCGGGAGGGGACGUGUCGAGUGGGGAGUGGGACCCCAAGAUUGGCUUCACAAUCCGCAACCCUUCCCCUGCACACCAUGGCAUUCUCCAGUGCACUGCGGUGGUGAACGGGAAAAAGACCCACUCCCUCUACAUGCCGCGCAAAUUCUCAUCCAAGCUGACCAACCUCCGGAUCAACGUGACGGAACGCCUCCGGCUGCUGGUGGGAGAUCCCCUUUACCUGCAGUGCUCGGGUCAGACCACGUACAACGGGCGCAUCCACUUCCAGUGGGAGCUCAAUGGGAAAGAGAUAAGCCAACUGCAUGAAAUCACCAAAGAGAGUGACAGGACAACAAGCAACUACACAGAAACCUGCACCCUGAAGAUCCAGAACGUCACCACAGCGGACAAGGGCAUAUACAAAUGUAUUGGAACCAACAAAGUCAGAAUGGAGAAGACCAUAAAAGUCAUCAUCUAUGAACAUCCCUUCCUCAAUGUUUCCUUUGCGGGACCCGACAUCAUAUCCAAAAAAGGCCGAAAGAGGACGAGAUUUGGAGUCAAGGUCAAUGCCCUGCCCACCCCUGAGUUCGCAUGGUACAAAGACGGGGUGCUGAUCAACGAGAACCACACCUGUUACGAAGCUUCAGGGUACAGUCUCAUCAUUAAGGAAGUGAAGGAGAAGGACGCAGGGACCUACACCAUCGCUCUGAGCAAUAAACACCACGGACUGUACAAGAACGUCACGUUCAACGUUAUUGUCUACACGAAGCCCAAGAUCUACGAGGUGGACGUAGACAAAGGGGAGCUGCAGACCUACGCGGCCGGGAGGGAGCAGCAGAUAACCUGCACCGCCUUCGGAAUCCCAGCUCCCGAGAUCACCUGGAAAUGGGAGCCCUGCACCCCCGGCUCCUCCGCCCUGCUGUGUAAGAGUUUCAGAAGCUCUCCAGUCCGUGUCUGGGAGGAGGACAGCGAUGAAGGCAACAGUACUCUUACAAACAGGAUCAAAGCUAUAGAAAGCAAUAACAAGACUCUCAAUGGAAAAAACAAGACCGUAAGCACACUGGAGAUCGCAGAGGCCAAGGUGUCAGGAAAAUACACCUGCGAAGCCAAAAACCACGUCAGCGUAGUGUCAUGGAGCUGGAUUUUCUAUGUGGCUGAUCAGCAGGAUGACUUUAAAAUUAAAGUCAGCGACACGGCAGUAGAAGGGAAUGAUGUGAACCUGACCUGUCAGGUCACGAGGUACCUGUACACAGACAUGAAGUGGUAUGACCCCAGAAACCGCACUGUGCCCGCGUCCUCCACCACAGUGGACUAUGGGCCGUACUCUGUCUCCCUGUCCAUCACUGUGAAGAAUGUGUCCAGAGGCGAUGCAGAGGGAUACCGGUGCACAGCAUUCAACACCUACAACAAAAAAACAGUUGAAAAGAAGGCUACAUUGACCGUCGAUGAGAGGAUCGGCCCCUGGCUCACGCAGAACCUGACCAACCAGGACGUGAACAGCAGCAGCACUCUGACCCUGGCCUGUUACGCGGAAGGCGUGCCCCGUCCUCGUGUCAGAUGGUACAAGAACAACCAGCCGGUUCAGGAAGCUCCCGGGAUCACUGUGACUCAGGACGGCCUUCUGAUAAUUGAGCGAGUGAAGAAGGACGACGAGGGGCUGUACGAGUGUCUGGCGAGCAACGACGAGGGGGAGGUGAAAACGUCUGCGGUCAUCACCGUAGUGGGGUCCGACGACAAGCCCAACAUCGAGGUCAUUAUCCUGGUGAGCACAGGAGUGGCAGCCACUUUCCUCUGGCUCAUGCUAAUCCUCUUCAUUCGCAAGUUGAAGAAGCCCAGCUCCGCGGACAUCAAGACCGGGUACCUGUCCAUCAUCAUGGACCCCGACGAGAUGCCCCUGGACGAGCAGUGCGACCGCCUGCCCUACGACAGCAGCAAGUGGGAGUUCCCCCGAGACCGACUGCGGCUGGGCAAAACCCUGGGCCACGGAGCGUUCGGGAAGGUAGUGGAGGCGUCCGCGUUCGGGAUCGACAAGCUCUCGACCUGCAAGACGGUUGCUGUCAAAAUGCUCAAAGAAGGAGCUACAACGAAUGAGUGCAAGGCUCUGAUGUCGGAGCUGAAGAUCCUGAUUCACAUUGGCCAUCACCUGAAUGUCGUGAACCUGCUGGGAGCCUGUACCAAACCUGGAGGUCCCCUGAUGGUUAUAGUUGAAUACUGCAAGUAUGGAAACCUGUCCAACUACCUAAGAAGCAAGAGAGGAGACUUUGUGGUUGACAAGGGUCAGGGGCGCAAGGCGGUGACGUCCGAGUCGAGCCCCGACCUGUCGGAGCUGAUAAAGAGGCGGCUGGAGAGCGUGGCCAGCACCGGAAGCUCGGCCAGCUCGGGGUUUAUAGAAGAUAAGAGCUACUGCGAUUCGGAGGAAGAGGAGGAAGAAGCUGAAGAUCUGUACAAGCGAGUCCUAACCAUGGAAGACUUGAUCUGUUACAGCUUUCAAGUUGCGAAAGGCAUGGAGUUCCUGGCUUCAAGAAAAUGCAUUCACCGUGAUCUGGCAGCUAGAAAUAUCCUGUUAUCAGAAAACAACGUCGUCAAAAUAUGUGACUUUGGACUGGCAAGGGACAUUUACAAAGACCCCGAUUAUGUGCGCAAAGGAGAUGCCAGGCUUCCCCUCAAAUGGAUGGCACCUGAGGCCAUUUUCGACAAGAUAUACACCACUCAGAGCGACGUGUGGUCCUUUGGCGUGCUGAUGUGGGAAAUAUUCUCUCUGGGAGCCUCGCCCUACCCCGGGCUGCACAUAGACGAGGAGUUCUGCUGCAAGCUGAAGCAAGGCACCCGGAUGAGGGCCCCCGACUACGCCUCCGCAGACAUGUAA